ACGAGCAAAGGGGAGGGUUCAGGGAAAUUAGUUUAAGAGGAAGGGGAGGGAGUGAGUGUGAAGCGCACCACCAGCACUCGCUCGGUAAUGCACUGUGAACACAGACGGAGUCACACACACACACAUUCAUGCUGCCUCUGUCACACACACACCUUCACCUCCAUUCACACAUGACUCCUGGACACCGGUCCGCUCUGCCUGACAGUUGCCUCAUUUGCACUUUUUCCACACGUUCGUGCCCUCCAGCCCAAACCGGACCACUGUCACCCACCGGCGGAGACCACUUACCCCCGCUCGUCUCAUCGGCUCCUCUCCACCUUGAUUCAUCCCUUGUCCCCCCACCCCCCGCAGUGUGAAGCAGCUGAAGGACACCGCUCUGCCGUGUUGUGGCGCCGCUAACGCCACCGCUGCAAGAGUUGGGAGAGCCUCAUCGGACGGAGAGGAAGAGGCUAAAGAGACUCGCUGCUCCCCUUCCCUCCCUCUGUCUGCUUUCUUUCUUUCUUUUCUUUUCUGUGUUGCUGUCCCCCCACACACACCCCGAGCUCUCUCUCGUCUUUUUUCUUUUUUUUUUUGUGAAAGUCACCUCUAUCUUUGGUGGAUGUUACGAAGCCUCUGCUGUGGGUUUUUUCGUUUUUUUCCCUUCUUCUCUCAGGGCGCAGGUGGACACUGAGGUUACGCCAGGAGAUCCCAGGAACGAGUCACAGUCCACCAAGCAGAAUCUGCGUCCGUGCGUCGUCUUGCGGAUCUGAUUCUUCAGGUCGGACGGUCCCUUCUUCCACUUCCAUGACAUAGUUGCGGAUGGAGAAAUUCUGCUGGUGAAGGACAGAAAGUGGACGACGAUCAUCCCACUGGAUUGGAUGUUGUCGGACGGAGAGGGUUAAGAAGGAUAUUGUUUGUUUUUUUAACGAUGUGGUGGAUGGUUUGGGUUCUUUUUGGACUUGGUUGUGCUGAACUUGAGGUUGGGUCAGAGCUUUAAGGGGGGCGGAUGGAAGCAUGGCUUGUCCCGACAGGAGAAUAGAGAUUUUUAAACAGGGAAUAUUCAAUUAUUGUGCUGUUUUAAGCAGCGGUCGUCACAUUCGGAUGAGGUUUUAAAAGAUCCAGCCCUCUCUACCUUUGAAUUCCUGUUUGUCUACUCUCCUCCUCUUCAUUGCUUUGGACCACCCUGACUCCCUUCUUCUUGCCCUUCGUCCUUCGCUCGGCGGCGCUCCAUCGCCCUGGGUGAGCAGGCCCCCCAAAACCCAGGCUUCACCGAGCCGCCGAAGGCUGGUGAGGCGGGGAAAAGGUCAGCGCUGGGAAGAUGGCCGCCCUCGCCAGCUCCCUCAUCCGCCAGCGGAGGGAGGUCAAGGACCCCCAGGCGAACCGGCAGAUCGCCAGCAAGCGCAAGCCCUGCCCGAAGAGCAACAAGUCCCUCUGUCAGAAGCAGAUCCUCAUUUUAAUAUCGAAGGUUAGACUAUGUGGCAGUCGAGGGAGGAAAAUGGAAAAAAGACCGGAGCCGCAGCUGAAGGGCAUCGUCACACGGCUGUACUGCAGACAUGGCUUCUACCUCCAGAUGCUGCCGGACGGCACCAUGGAAGGCACAAAGGACGAGAGCAGCUCCUUCUUGCAGUUCAACCUGAUUCCUGUGGGUCUCAGGAUCGUGGCCAUCCAGAGCACCAAGACGGGCCUGUACGUGGCCAUGAACAGCGAGGGCUACCUCUACACCUCGGAACACUUCACACCCGAGUGUAAGUUCAAGGAGUGCGUGUUCGAGAACUACUACGUCACCUACUCGUCCAUCCUCUACAGACAAACCCAGUCUGGCCGAGCGUGGUACAUCGGCAUCAACCGAGACGGAGAGGUCAUGAAAGGAAACCGGGUCAAGAAGACCAAGGGUGCUGCUCACUUCCUGCCCAAACUUAUUGAAGUGGCCAUGUACAGAGAGCCCUCCCUGCAUGACGUGGCUGAACAGAGUCCACCCAGGAAAACGCCCAAGACCUCUAGCGACUCGCCAGUGCUCCAGAACAGCAAGAAAGACGCUCAGUCCAAAACCAAAACUUCCACCUCCUAGCACUCAGAGACCUGGAGUAGAGGAGGACGACGCAAGGCGAUGGCCCCCUAGGGAACACCUUGAUGUUGGGGGGGCUAAACCCUGAACUGAUACCUGGAGUCUGGACCUACAGUUCAUUGGUUUAAAACUUUGAGAAUCAAUCCAGGCAGAGUGGAGCUGGCCUUUUAUCCACACCAGCCCUCCACCUUCUUAUUUAACGCCCUCCAGGUUUAGCAGAACCCGGAGUAUAAGCAAUAACUCAGUGAAAAGCUGAACAGUGGCCUCUUGUUUUAAAGCAUGUCACCACAGCCUGUUCCACCAGCUGGAAGGACACCAUCAGCCACAAACGUCCGGUCAACCCAAUCUCUUCCCAGAAAUGUCUUCUUCUGUGUUUUUUUUUUACAUGAUGGGUGCAACGAGAAAAUCUGUCCCUUUGCAGCACAUUUUCUUCCACAAAUCGUUUUUUGUUUUCCCCGAAGGGCUUUUUUUUUUUGCUAAUGUUAGCUCGACACAAAGCCAUGCUAAUGUGAGGUUUGUCGCACGAGGGGUCUCUGCAGAUUUUCAGCCCCGCUGCCAUCUGCUUCGUCCACCUCUUCUGUGUGUGUCAGCAACUUUUAAAGAUGGCCUGAAUAUUCCUCUGCCAUGUUUGUGUGUGUGUCUGUGUGUGUGUGGCUCCCUCUUCUUCCGUUCACCUUUGGCACGGUUUGAUUAGUUUGUGACAUGGACUCAAUUUUCCACUCUGCGGUACAAUAAAACCCCCUCCCCAUCUCUCUGGCUCCGUUAAUGGAGUCUGGGGCUGAUCAGAAUCUUUCAACCUUUAAACAAGGGGCCAAGACCACCACCCCACAAACACCCACCCUCCCCGGCACACCGCGUAACCGCACACACAAAGGCAUAUACCUCAUACCUUGACGUUUAUGUACACACAUGCAGAAACGUGUGUACUGUGUACACACUUUAUUACCUGGAUGCCAAUAAGUCACAACUGCAGAAAAUCAUCUCAUGAUCUCAUAAAAACACACAAGUGUGUGUGUGUGUGUGUGUGUGUGUGUGUGUGUGUGUGUGUGUGUGUGUGUGUGUGUGUGUGUGUGUGUACACGUUCUGGGAAAUUAUGAAGAUAUGAUCAAGACAAGAGGUGGUGCAAUAGCUUUUUUCUCAGUGGUUGCCCAUGCGUUGCACAAACCCUCAAGGGCCAUACAGCAUCUGCCAGUUCCCAUUUACUCAGCAUGUUAUUGUUGUUUAACAAAAUAUGCAGAAAAUGUCAUUUUUACUUUCUAUUAUAUUGUUAAAAUUGCACCACAAACCUACAGUGACUACUUUAUGCAGAUAUGAUUCCACCCCACCCAGUCUCUGAAUCAGAAAAUUGUACUUUUAGCACUGUUUUCCUCAUUUUAUAAUCUCUGAAAACAAUCUCGACCCAAAUUAACUAGAUAAGUCAGGAACCAAAACCCAACACAAACACUUAGCACUUUGUUUUCUUGAUUUAAUUAUUUUGACGGGCAUGUUAAUUAUUUAGGUGGCAGGCUGUUUGAGUUUGUUGAUUGAUUAGGAAGAAAAAAGGAAAUAUGGAUUUAUAAAGAAGUAUUUUUCUGUUCUUAUGUGUUUUAAAAGUUUAGUUGCACUUAAUGUGUGUUUCCUGUUGGUAAAACAAUGAGGGCAAGUUGAGAACCUAACAUAUGACUAAAGGGACAGUUUGGUUAUUUUUAUUUGGAGGUAUAAGAAUCCUAAAUGUAGAAGACAGCAGAAUGAUUUCAAGCUGGAGAAUCAGUGAGAAAUUCCCAUUGAAGUGUUAAUAUGUACUCAGAAUUAAGCUAAAAGCUACAUAAAAUGAAGCUAACAGUAACUCAAAGUGAUGUUAACUGCUACUUGGAGUAAAGCUAACUGCUACUCAAAAUAAAUCUAAAAUGUUUAUGUUUUUGCAUGUGAAAAACACGUAAAUUCAUGUUUUUCUCUAAAGUCUUAAUUUGAAGGCAUUUUUUUUUGUCUCUUUUGUCUUUCAGUCGAGUCAAUGAGUACGGAGCCUGCGAGGGGACAUGGGGGGAUUUUUUUCUUUUGCGUUCCCACGCAAUACCUUUGCGUUCCCUCGCAAUUCUUUUGCGUUCCCACCCAAGACUUUUGCAUUCGAUUGCAAUACUUUUGCGUUCCCUCGCAAUACUUUUGUGUUCCCUCACAAUACUUUUGCAUUACCUCGCAAUACCU